AUUCCAAGGAUUCCUAUUCUCCAAUUUUUCAUUUGGAAACCUCAAAUCAGUGAGCCCCUUAAAUUUCGAGGACACAGUUCAGCGCAAACCACCACCCGACGAGCCCGACCAGUCCCCGUCUCCGCGACCGCGUCCUUCUCCAAGCGCCGCCGUGAGCCCGCUUUCGCAGCCACCGGGAACGCGAUGAGCUCCCGCAGCGGCGGCGGCGGCAGUCUCCGCGAUAGGCUGAGGGCCGUCUCCCGCCUCGCCGGAUCCGGCUUCCGCCGGCCGCAGGCGGAGGCGCAGUGCUCCACGGGUCCGGUCCCCGGGGCUGCGUUCGACUUGGAGGCCGAUCCUCUGCCGCCGGUGCUGACGCCAGAGCAGGUCAGGCUAUGCAAGGAGGCGCUCGCGCAUUUCGAGCCCAGGAGCAAACAGCUGGAUGUCUUGUCCGACGAGUUCCAAACCCUCCAGGGCAUGAGGACAAUGCAUCCAGAGCUGAUGAAAACGUCUAAUGUAGCUCGUCAUCCUACUAAUAUGGAGAAAAACCGUUAUACUGAUGUCUUACCAUUUGACGAUACCAGGGUACAGCUAAAAUCGUCAACUACAAGUCAAUUUUCAGGCAAUGAUUACAUCAAUGCAAGCUUUCUAAAGGCUACUGAGGACAACCGAGUUUCAACAUUUAUUUCCACUCAAGGACCACUAGUCAAGACAUUCGGGGACUUCUGGCAAAUGGUUUAUGAAAAUCAAUGUCCUGUGAUUGUUAUGCUAACACAUUUCGACAGAAUUAAGUGUGAUAAGUAUCUUCCCUUGGAAAAUCGAGAAGGAACAUAUGGAAAAUAUAAUGUUAAGAUUGGGAAGACCAAAAGAGAUAACCACCAAUUAUGGUUGCGUGAUGUGGAGGUGCGGUGCAAUGAGUCAGGCAAAGUUCAUUCUGUACACCAUAUAGAAUAUCCUGAUUGGCCCGACCAUGGAGUGCCAGCCAACACUGAUGCUGUCAGACAAAUCCGAAAACGGUUGCAUGACAUUCCGAAAGAACAUCCUAUAGUUGUACAUUGCAGUGCAGGAAUCGGGAGAACUGGUGCUUAUGUCACCGUCCAUAGUUCAAUUGAGAGGAUUCUCCUUGGAGACAGAAGCUCUUAUGAUGUUGUUGAAACUGUAAGAAGAUUUAGGUCCCAACGAGUUGGAAUGGUUCAAACCGAGCAACAAUACGUGUUCUGCUACCGUGCAAUUGCUGAUGAGCUGAAAGAUCUGCUGAAGUCAAACCAUUGAGGUCGGCUGCAUGAUGUGCACACAGUGUGGCGCCACAAACAUAUACUUGUACGUUGCAUAGCUGAAGGACUAGUUUGUCGGAAGAACCAGAGUGCUGCCACUUUGUCACCCUUCUAUUUCUGUCAUAAAUCCCGUUGAAGAGCUUUGUAGCUUGUCGCUUUUGUUUGGUGCGUGAGUGUGCAAAAAUCACUUCGUCACCUCUAUUCCGAUGUGGUCUCCAAUAUUGUUAUAUUUCCUGCUUGUGGAAGAGGAUCAGUAAAGCUUAAAGAAUCUGUUGGACCGAA